GCUUACUACGCUGUUCUCUUUUCUCUCGCUUGCUCGUGUAGAUCGAACACCCACACGCUCUCUAUCUUUAUAUACGACUUUAUUCUUGAAGAGGAGAAGAAGGCGUAGUUCCGAUUCUUUCACGACACGACGCAGACAGGCGCGUCGUAUAUAUAUUGCUGACCUCUUCCCAUCAGCCGUCCCCCUCGCCGGCGCCGUCUAACCGCCAAGCUUUUCCGCCACGCCCCCUAUUUAUUUAUUUUGUUUGUUUUUCUCUCUUUGUUCAUUUCAUCGUGCCAGUGGAUCAAUUGAGUUAGCUUCGAGUUUGACUCCUCUUUCUCGAUUGUCGGGUUGUGCGUGUUGCGUAUUGCGAUGCAAGGUGGUGCCUCGCCAUUUCUUCCUCGUCAUUUGUUGUCAUCUGUUCUUCUUAUUCGCCCGCUUUUGUGUUUUCAGUGCAGAUUUUGCCUCCGUGUGGCGACGUGACGGUGCAUCCACCGGCGGAAUCUGUCGACGAGGACGUCGUGAAGACGAGAAGGUACACUGCGAGCGCGGCUCGGCACGGAACCUGUUAUUACUACUCCUAAUCCUAUUCCUAUUACUAUUGUUGUCAGCGUAGUGAGCGUUGUCUUUCCUUUUGCUUGAUCCUUAUCGCCCAACGCAAAAAGGAAGCGCCGUAGAAACUCCACAGCAAAGCCGACCGGUGCAGACACACGCGCGCAUACAUCGAGUUCUCGCUCUGUAUUGGGGGUUUCAACACAUUCUGUUUGUACUUAUUGCCCUGAACGCCAACACACACGCACAAACCCGUCCACGUUAUUCGUUUUACUUUUUAUUGUUGUUCUCCUUUUCUCUCGCGCCUCGUCUUCCUCUCCCCCUCCCCCCUUUCCGGUGCGCGUCUUCCUCCAGAAUUCCUUGUAUCCGGCGCUGCAGUUACACCGGCAGUCGCGCGCCUUUGCUUCUCCCUCCGCUUCUUUCGCGUUGCAUCUCCUGUCUUGGUUGGCUUCGCACAUCGGGCGAGGAAAACCGGACGGCAGCAUCAGGCACCGAAGAAAAGAGCGGUAGUUCCUCACAUAGGCGGCGACCGAGCUUCGACACACCGCCGCUCCACCUUUCUCCGUUCGUGGCCAGAGUCAGCGGGGCGCCGUACUGCUGUCGCAACCGCAGUCAUUGCACGAGAAGGCAGCGCACCAUUUUACGGGUUCUGUCUCUUCUGUUUUCAGCGCAGAAGACCCGACUUUAUUGUGAGGUGUGAAAGAGCGCUUGGAAAAAGAGAAAAAAACAUUUGCUGCGUGGCAUCCGCAAAUCAACUGUAUUCUGCACUCCGUUCGCCUUUUGUUAUUACUACUUUUUCUCCCUCUUUCGCGCCUAUGGAGCCGAUCCGACAGACAUCUAGCGGCGAGCGGCACAACCUCGUCCCGAACAGCGGCGCUGCACACGACAGCCGUCGCACCUCCCUUGCCGUCCCGCUGCUCGACGAGGAAAGCCUAAAGGCAAACAGCGGCGCCUCGAACGUUGCCGCAGGUGGCUUCACGCUCGUCUCGCAGGGCGACGACAACUUCAAGAGCGGCAACAACGGCGGCGCUGGCGCAGAAGGCAUGGCACUCUCCCCCAACGCCCUGUCCAAGACCCUCGAUCAGAAUCAGAUCUACUCCAUGCUGCAGCAGCAGCAGGCCGUGGCGAUGGCGGCGGCCCAGCUGGAGCAGGCCUACAGCCAUACCUGCUACCUGCUGCAGCAGUGCUCUCACAACGCGCUGCUGACGGUUUUGAUGUCGCUUCUGAACGACUACCCGACGACGCUGGUGCAGCCAAUCCGCGUACGUGUGGAGCAGGUGCUGGCACAGCAGAUGUCCCCGUCCGCGAGCAGCCGUCCGUCGAACUCGGCCCGCAAGCCCGGCAACAACUUCGUGCCGAACAGCAGCGCCGCGCCGUGGACGCCGUCCAACGUGCACGGCAGCGCUGCACAGACGCCGACGGCGAGCGGCACCCCGGGUGGGCACCGCCGCGGCCGCGGCCACAAGGCCAAGGAGGAGGAGCAAGAGAUGUGCAGCAUCCACAACAACAUGCGGGCGGUGAAGCAUCUGCAGAUGAACCCCGCCACGGGCCUGUAUGAGUGCAUCCAUGGCUUUCACUGCUUGGUGGAGGGCCAGGCGGACGUGUCGCCGAGGCGGGCGACGACGGCCACUACGCCCUCGGCCGCAAAUGGCGGCUCGCGAGGCAGCAACCCGCUCACAUCGGCCGAGAGUCAACCCUUCGUCCCGGCUGGUGUCCAGCAGCCACGACCACCAUCGCAGCCGCAGCAGCAGCCGCCACAGCAGCCGCAAGUCAAGGCAGAGACACGGUUUAGCCCAACAGAGGUGGAGGCCCUGCGCAUGCUCGGCUACUCGCUCGGCACCAACGGGAACAGCACGAGCAAGGGCGGCAGUGCAGACGUGCAGGCGCAGGGCCAGCGGCGCGACACGGCGGUGGGCCAACGCGACUCCGAGCCUGGCGCGGCGGCACCGCUCAUGACAGGCGCGGCGGCACCGCUCAUGACAGGCGCGGCGGCACCGCUCAUGACAGGCGCGGCGGCUUUAGGCGGCGGUUACACCGUCGUGGGUGACCAUCGCGGCAGCUCCGCCAACUCCCCCUCCGACGCACGGCUGAACAUGGACAUCCCCUCCCUGGAGUACCUCCUGCAGAGCGUGCGAGACAUUGAUGACGAGUAG